AUGCACUGUUCCCCGAGCAAGAAGACGUACCGCUACCCCCGAAGGUCACUGUCACUGCACGCGCAAGAUAGGCCUAGUGAAGCCCGUGAAUUGGAAGAUUUGAAUUUGACUGAUGGACUGGUUUCCGCUGGUUUGCAGUUGGUGGGAGUGGCACUACAGAAGCGAGACACAGGAUCACACAUCUAUAUGAAACAAAAGAACUUCUCUACUAACGAUGUCGCGUCUUCAUCAGUGGCUUCCGUAGAUAUGACGCCAUCGGAUAUGGAUUUCAAUCCAAAAUGCAUGCCCCAAGACACAGUUCUCGUGGAAAGAAUGUUUGAUGAACUUUUGAAAGAUGGGACAUUUUUUUGGGGUGCUGCGUACAAGAAUCUACAGGGCAUCUCACUGCGAAGGAAAUGGCAGCUUAUUUGCAAGAUUCGUACUUCCGACCACUGCAUGAGAAGUAAUGUGGCUGCUGGUACCGCUGCGAAACAUUCCGCUCAAUUGCCCACCAAUGAGCUCGCGGAAAUCUCGCAUUUCUUGGAUGGUUUGGUAAGAAACCUUUCCGGAGAGGGCAUGAACUUGUCCAAGACCCUUUACAAAUUAGAGAAGUUCCUGCGCAAGAAAAACUUCUUGGAGCUUUUUCUGAAGGAUGAAAUCUAUUUAACGAUUUUGCUUGAGAAGACUUUGUCACUCAUAUCCAAGGAAUUGCAGUUCGUUUAUCUGAGAUGUUUUAAAAUAUUAAUGAAUAACCCAUUAGCAAGGAUAAGAGCACUGCACUCUGAGUCUUUAAUUCAAUGGUUUGUAGAGCUUUUAAACGACCGGGAUUCUGACUUAAAAUGCCAAUUACUUUCCAUGGAGUUACUCUUAUUGUUAACCUACGUGGAAGGUUCCACGGGCUGUAAUAUAAUAUGGAAUCAGCUUUCAAUAUCUUUCACCAAUUGGUGUGAUUGGUUUAGCAAAAUCCUCACCGAUGACGUUGCUGCUCAUACGUCCUUGUAUUUAAACUGGAAUCAGUUGAAAACGGACUACUCAAUGACUUUCCUACUACUGAUAAACUCCAUUCUGCAAGGUUUUAGUAACAAAAUCGCACUGGAUAUCCUGAAUUUUUUGAAAAAGAGUGGCAUUCAUAACACUAUAUCGAUUCUAGAAUCAGUCUAUAGGGAUAGCCCUGAUAAUGCCGUCAUCAUGGAACAAAUACACUUGUUUAGAACCAAAGAAUCAAGUAUUUUUGAUCCGAUGGCCCCACCUACCGAAAAUUUGGCCUCUUUUCAUCCAGUGAAAAAUGCGAUUGAAAAAGGAAUUCAACCUGUUUGUCUCGAAAAAUGCCUAUUAUUGAAGGCACAAGAUAGCCCCGUGGAAACACCGAUAAAUGAAAUUGUUAAUGCUCUGUGGAAAAUUCUGGACUCUCAGAGACCUUACUCGGAAUCCAUAAAACUUCUGAGGUUGAUAAAUUCUCUAUUAUUUUAUCUUAUUGACUCUUUUCAAGUUCCAUUAAAUGCUUCUUUUGACGAAACCUUGGAUCAACCGCAAAAUACGCAAAAUGUAGAUUCGGUUUUCCAGGAUUCUAUUGAUAAAUUGCUGGACUCAUUACAAUCGGAUGACAUUGCUAGAAGAGCGGUCAUUGAAAUUGAUAAUUUAAAUGGGAAGAUCUCUACCUUGAAUGAAAGAAUAAGCCUUGUUGAAAACCAUAGUAAAGACCAACUAUUGACAAAACUAGAUGAAAGUGAAAUUCUAGUAUCUUUGAAAACGAAGGAAAACGAAAAUUUGAAACUUCAGUUGAAAGAAAUUAAGAAGAAGUUGGAUCAAAUUGCCACACACCAAAGACUAUAUGACCAACCCCCCUCAUUAGCAAGCAGCAAUUUAAGUGUUACUGGUUCUACAACACAAAACAAUAGCAAUAGUAAUUUGAUUUUUCAAAAUUUAGCUGUCAAACAACAUCAACAGCAAAAGAUUUCUUUACCUAAACACUCGACGAGCAUACUAAAAAGUAAAAGAAUUACGUCCCUUUCAUCAUAUCUUGCUGAUUCGAAUGACGAAAAUGAGGACCAAACUGGAAUAGAAGAUAGAUCGAAAGAUUUGUUUCAGGCAUCUGCCUCUGCCGUUAAUUUUAACAUUCCUUCUGUGAAAAAUAUUACAAAUUUGCAAAAUGUUUCAUUGAAUUCAAUACUCUCAGAACUCGAAUUCUCAAACGAUCUGAAUAUUCAACCAAAUUAUCAAUCUUCUCCGGUAUUGUCUUCGAUAUCUUCAUCGCCCAAACUAUUUUCCCAACUUUCUGCGAAAAGUCUUAACAACAAUAUUCCACUGUUAUCUGAAGUUGAUAAUAAAUCUUCGGUUCCUCCUCCCCCUCCCCCUCCCCCUCCUCCUCCACUCCCAUUCUCUCUCUUACCUGAUUCGGAAGCUACUCUCAAACCAGAGAUCUCUGCGCCUGCUCCACCACCUCUCCCGGAUUUGUUUAAAGUUGAUGAUCCCUGCUCUAUUCCACCUCCUCCACCUCCUCCACCUCCUCCACCCUUGCCUGAGUCAUUGUCGAUGUCUAAUGAGACUUCAGAUAAUGGCGUCGUGACUCCGGCAGCUCCACCUUUACCCAAUGGUCUACUUUCACUGUCUUCAACGUCAAUCAACUCAACGACUGUAAAUUUAGUAUCAAGUUCGUCUAAAAAUCGCUUGAAGCAAAUUCAUUGGGACAAAGUGGAAGAAAUCAAAGACACCCUUUGGGAAGAUACAGUUCAACGUCAAGAAACACUUAAAGAGUUGCAAACUGGUGGUAUAUUUUCUCAAAUUGAAGAUAUUUUCAAGAUGAAAGAUCCCGCUAAAAUUGCAAGUAAAAAAAAUGGUGGCUCUUCAAUUGCAAUGUCUUCGAAUAAUGGUAAAUCUUCAAAUGAAUUAAAAAAGGUUUCGUUUUUAUCAAGAGAUUUAGCCCAACAAUUUGGUAUCAAUUUACAUAUGUUUUCUCAGGUAUCUGACAUGGAAUUUGUAAAGAAAGUUUUAAACUGUGACAACAACAUUAUCAUGAAUGUAAACAUUUUGAAAUUUUUCUGUAAAGAGGAGCUCAUAAGUAUACCCCAAAGUCUGCUUAGUAAGUAUGAGCCCUAUUCUCAGGGUAAAGGAGGCAAAUCAGUAAGUGAUUUACAGAGGGCUGAUAGAAUUUUUUUGGAAUUGUGUAUUAAUUUAAGAUCAUAUUGGAACGCAAGAUCAAAAAGUCUUUUAACACUAUCGACCUAUGAAAGAGAUUAUUAUGAUUUGAUUUUCAAGUUACAGAAAAUUGAUGAUGGUAUUCUGCAAUUAAAUCGUUCUUUUAAAUUCAAGAGUUUAAUGUUUAUCAUUACGGAAAUUGGUAACCACAUGAAUAAAAAAAUGGUCAAGGGUAUCAAAUUGAAAUCAUUAACCAAAUUAGCCUUUGUUAGAUCCAGUGCAGAUCAAAAUCUAUCAUUUUUACAUUUCAUUGAAAAAAUCAUAAGAACAAAAUACCCUGAUAUUUAUGGUUUUGUAGAUGAUCUAAAGAGAAUUGAAGAUUUAGGUAAGGUUUCAUUAGAGCAUGUUGAAAUGGAGUGCCGUGAAUUUCAGAAUAAGAUUGAAAAUGCGGUCACUCAGUUUCAGACAGGAAAACUUUCGAACGAGGAAAAUUUGGAUCCAAGAGAUCAGAUUAUCAAAAAAGUCAAAUUCAAGAUCAACCGGGCUAAAACAAAAAGCGACUUAUUGGUGGAUCAAUGUAAAUUAACGUUAAUUGAUUUAAGCAAACUAAUGAAGUAUUACGGUGAAGAUCCCAAUGACAAAGAAAGUAAGAACGAAUUUUUUCAACCAUUCAUUGAAUUUUUGGCCAUGUUUAAAAAAUGUGCCAAAGAAAAUAUUGAAAAGGAGGAAAUGGAAAGGGUAUACGAACAAAGAAAAAACCUGCUAGAAAUGAGAACAAAUAGCAACAAGAAAAGCAACGAAAACGACGAAAACGAAGGCGGGGAAGUAAACACAGAUGCUGUUGAUUUAUUGAUCUCUAAAUUGCGUGAAGUAAAGAAGGACUCGGAACCAUUAAGAAGGAGAAAAGGUACCAAACUCAACGAAAUCACUGUGAAUGUAGAUGAAGGGAAUUCGAAAACGAGAAAGGGUGAAGACCACGUACUGUUUGAGAGAACGCAUGCUAUGUUGAAUGACAUUCAAAAGAUAUAA